GACAGUCGAGACGCCUUGACGUCACACAGCACUCUAGUGGGGCGGGGCCCGUAAACAGAGGAAUCGAAAUAAAGGCUCGGACACUCAUUUUUAACUCGCGAAUAUCUCCAGUUUUUCCCCAUAAAGUCAAAGAUCGCCCUCCUGUGAUGCCGAUUCGCCGAGCAGCAGCAACUCCAACGCAGGAGAAACCCCCUUCGGCUGCAGUAGAGAUAGGGAACGAAGACACCCCCAAGGAGUCUCCAUCCGUUGAAGGUGAUCCACCCGUGUCCUCCGCAGAGACCACUGCCAAGAGCGAGGCAAAGGCAUGCGACGCGGCUGAGAAUGGCGAGAAAGCGGACGAUGGGGCCUGUGACAAGUUGGAUGACGGGACAGAGAAAAAAGAUUUAUCCGGACAGAGUGACAAAUGCAAGGACUGCGUGGCUGGCCAGUGCGCAACGCACUGCUAUGUUCUCCUACUAAGGCUGAAGGAUGGCUACAAGUACAAGAAAGCCAAAGUCAAGAAGGUGAAAAGGACCAUCCCAGUCUGGGCCAGCGUCACUGCCAGAAAGAAGCUUCCUGUUUCCAAUUACGCCGGCACGCAGAACAGACUGGAUCAUCUCCUCAUCGAAGCCAUCACGUCACAAGGAUCUGGAGUUUCCUACCAGUCGGUCAUAAAGUACAUUGCCAAAAAGUGCCCCGACAUGGAGUUAGACAAGAAGAAGUUUCACAUCAGGAAGGCGAUGAAGAGGCAUCUGGAGAAGGGCACCAUCAAACAGCUGAAGGGCAAAGGCCUCUCGGGCACUUUCGCCAUCGGGAAGAUGACCUCUGCGUCCAAAAAGGCCGGCUCUAAGCAGGAGGCGCUUGGAGACGCUCUGCCGCUCAUCAUUACACGUCUGUGUGAGCCCAAGGAGGCGUCGUACCUGCUGAUUAAGAAGUACUUGGAGCAGCACUUCCCCAGUUUUAACAUCGAGAACAGACCAGAAGUCCUGAAGUCGGCCCUGGUGAAGGCGGUGGAGCGAGGACAACUGGAGCAAAUUACAGGGAAGGGAGCCUCCGGAACGUUCCAGCUGAAACGUACCGGCAACCAAGUGCUCCUGAAAGGCGGCACCUUGGAGGACGCCAUCUUGGCGGCCAUCACGGCUAUGAACGAGCCCAAGACGUGCAGCACCACUACACUGCGCAAGUAUUUAGUUGACGCCAACAAGGAUGCCAAGGAGUACCAGCUAGUGGCCAAUCUGAGGAGGACCCUGACAAAAUGUAAAGUCCUCGGCUGGAUGGAGCAGAUCACCGGUCAUGGUUUCACGGGGACUUACAGGCUCUGUUUUCCGUUCUACCCAAGCCCAACUACCUUGUAUCCGGACAAGUUCAACAAGGUGUCCACCAAGCCCUCCUCCAGGUCCAGGCGGAGAGCUGCAUCUGAACAGGAGGAGGAGGAGUCCGAAGAGGAUGAGAUGGAAGACUCUGAGGACGAAGCUCCCGUGCGAAAGAGGUCCACAAAGAGACCCCCUCCCAGGGUCCGCCAGCUUCCUGCUGCCAAGAAGGCCAGCACAGACAAAGGACGCCCCCUGGCCAAAACUUCUCCCGCCAAGAAAGUGGCGGCCAAGAAGGUGACUAAAGCCAAGGCAUCGGCUUCUAAAGCCACCACGCCCGUCAAGAGGCGAGCAGCUGCCAAGAGGCCAAAGACGCCCACUGUUAAACGCUUGAACAGACGGGGAUCCAAGCGACCUGCCACCCCGGAAGAAUCGCCGGAGGAAGAGGAGCCCAAGGAGAAGAAGCCUGAAUUGAAAAAGGAGCCCGUGGCCCCGAAGAAGCGGGGUUCUGCAAAGAGCUCCAAGCCACCAUCACCAGCCAAGCAGCCCUCUAAAAGAGGCGCUGCCAAGCGUUCAAAGCAGGAAGAGCCAGCGGAGCCUGAAGAGCCAGCGGAGCCUGAAGAGCCAGUGGCCAAGAAGCCAGCAGGGAGAGCAAAGUCCAGGCGCUCUGGAGCUGAUGCUAGCGGUAAGCCCCCUGCCAAAAAAGCAGCUCCUGGCAAGGGGUCCACCCGGAAGUCCAAGAGAGGAAAGAACUGAGCCCUGAGUCUGUCACCACCUCCGUUUUCAUCAGUGCUCCCUUAUUUGUCUUCCCCUUUCUUAAUGGGGCAGUAGUUUCUUUAUUUUUCUCAUAUCCACCAUAGAAGAAGGUGGUACCAUCAGUUUGCUUUUAAUACGUUUGUAGAGAAGCGCACUUCAGCUCAGGCCUGACAUCCUAUAAGUGAGGGCCAUGUAGCUUUCUUUUUGAUUUUUUUUUUUUUUUUUUUUUUUAAUUUACCUGGUCCGCUCCGUGUUGGCAGCUGGUUUUAUUCCAGGAAGUGAAAUGGUCAUUUUAGUUCAGACCUUGAGCCUGUUCUAACACUGUGGUUCAAAGAAGCAGCCUGUUAAAAAAUACAUAAAUAUGCGUUGUUGCUGUUCUUAUACGUCCAAACAUCAAAUGUCCCAUGUUUUAUUUUUAUGUAUAUACAUAUGAAUGUAUGUGUGUGAUAAAGAACUGGUUUUAAUGCUUCACAGCUGUAAUUCGGUUCGCAGCUCCAUGUUGUGAAUAAGGAAAAAGCUGCUUAGGGUAGCGUCUCCACCCCCUGCAUGUGUAUUUUUUGUGUUGUUAAGCCUUCUUUCCUAGUAAUAAAAUGGCUCUUUGUACA